UGGGUAUUGUGACUUCACUGGGCACUGUGACAUCAUGGCAAAGGACCCAGGAGCCACCAGUCCUGCCACCCUGCACUCACCUCAGUAACCUCACGGAAGGUCCCGGGGCAGCCAGGCCAUGAUAACUUUAUAAGAAGCCAUGUCGAAACGUGACAUCGUCCUCACCAAUGUCACCGUUGUCCAGUUGCUGCGACAGCCAUGCCCAGUCACCAGAGCACCGCCCCCACCUGAGCCCAAGGCUGAAGUAGAGCCCCCGCCACAACCAGAGCCCACACCAGUCAAGGAGGAAAUAAAGCCACCGCCACCACCACCGCCGCCUCCUCCUCCUCGCCCUGCUACUCCUCCUCCUCAGAUUGUGGCCCGAGAGCUGACUGUGGGCAUCAAUGGAUUUGGACGCAUCGGUCGCCUGGUGCUGCGUGCCUGCAUGGAGAAGGGUGUUAAGGUUGUGGCUGUGAACGAUCCAUUCAUUGACCCAGAAUACAUGGUGUACAUGUUUAAGUAUGACUCCACCCACGGCCGAUACAAGGGGAGUGUGGAAUUCAGGAAUGGACAGCUGGUCGUGGACAACCAUGCGAUCUCUGUCUACCAAUGCAAGGAGCCCAAACAGAUCCCCUGGAGGGCUGUUGGGAGCCCCUACGUGGUGGAGUCCACAGGCGUGUACCUCUCCAUAGAGGCAGCUUCGGACCACAUCUCAGCAGGUGCUCAACGCGUGGUCAUCUCUGCGCCCUCGCCGGAUGCACCAACAUUCGUCAUGGGUGUGAACGAAAAUGACUAUAACCCUGGCUCCAUGAACAUUGUCAGCAACGCGUCCUGCACCACCAACUGCCUGGCCCCCCUUGCCAAGGUCAUCCACGAGCACUUUGGGAUUGUGGAAGGGUUGAUGACCACAGUCCAUUCCUACACAGCCACCCAGAAGACGGUGGACGGGCCAUCAAGGAAGGCCUGGCGAGAUGGACGGGGUGCCCACCAGAACAUCAUCCCAGCCUCCACUGGGGCUGCCAAAGCCGUGACCAAAGUCAUCCCAGCACUCAAAGGGAAGCUGACAGGGAUGGCGUUCCGGGUACCAACCCCGGAUGUGUCUGUCGUGGACCUGACCUGCCGCCUCGCUCAGCCAGCCCCCUACUCAGCCAUCAAGGAGGUUGUAAAAGCAGCAGCCAAGGGGCCCAUGGCUGGCAUCCUUGGCUACACAGAGGAUGAGGUCGUCUCUACGGACUUCCUCGGUGAUACCCGCUCGUCCAUCUUCGAUGCUAAGGCCGGCAUUGCGCUCAAUGACAAUUUCGUGAAGCUCAUUUCAUGGUACGACAACGAAUAUGGCUACAGUCACCGAGUGGUCGACCUCCUCCGCCACAUGUUUAGCCGAGACAAGUAAAGCGGGAAGGUCCUUUCUUUCCCUCCCAGGGGCCAGGGCCGGAACCUGUGCCUCCCGUUCCAGGAUCCGGCUCUCUGGCUCUCCGGCUCUCCGGGGGAGGAAGGGCACCCGGGGUGGGCGCCCCACGCCGCUGAGGCCAUGGUGAAAUAAAGAACAGUGCUCA